CUUGUGUUUUGCUUUGUUUUUUUUUGUUAUUGUUUCGGGUUUGUGGAGCAACUGAGCCCGAGGAGGACAGUGCCACUGCACCGCUGGUGCUUUCACCGUGUUUGAUUCCGGUGUCCGGUCGAGAGGAGGCUGUUCUCACACACAGAGAGGGAGAGGGGGGAGAGAGAUAGAGAAGUGGCUGCAACAACAAAGGCGCAGAGUAGCCGGCCUUUGUUUUGUGCUACCAUGGAGUCGGAUUGGCAAGUGGAGUUUAGGAACGUGGGCUGCAGUUACUUUCCUCAGAGCAGAGUCGAGUGCCACUACACACUGAGGUCUUGGCACAACUGGGCCAGCAGUGACUGGAUAGGGCUCUUCAAGGUGGAAUGGUCCUCACUGAAGGACUACCACACAUUCGUGUGGGCACUAGCCCCGGUUGACUAUCAAGAGGGCACAGAUGUCAACUGCUGUGUGCAUUUCCAGGCCUCCUACCUUCCCAAGUCCAGCUCCCAAGAGUAUGAGUUUGUCUACAUUGAUGCCAAGGGGGAAGUGUGCUCCCGCAGCUCCAAAUUUACAUUCUCUGCACCCAAGCCACUGGAAGAUCUGGUGACCCUUGAAGAGGAGCCCCAUGAAGAGGAAGGAGGCACAGGCAUGCUGCUGGUUGUACCCAGGGCUGAACUGCUGCAGAGUCGACUGCAGGAAUGUCUGCGAGAGCGGGCCGAGCUGCUGCAGGUGCAGGAGGCUGCAUACAGGCAAAUGGAAAAAGAAAAGGACGAGCACAGGAGGACAAGGGAGAACUGGGACAGACGAUGCGCGGAGCUGGAAAGGGAAAUUUCCAGGCUGCAGAGAGAGCUGAGGCAGAGUCGAGAGCAGAUCAAGGAGACGGAGAGGAAGCAGAAGGAGGAGCAGGCUCUCGGAGAAUCACUCGCCCAGGAGAAAAGUGCUUUAUUGGAUGCAAGGGAGUCGAGUGAAGAGCGAAUCAAAGAGCUGGAGGAGGACAUCAAAAUCCUCACACUGAGAACGGUGGAAAGAGAGACUGAUGCGGAAAGGAUGAAGGAAAGAGCAAAGAGGGCAGGAGCUCAGAGGAAAGAAGAAGAGAGCGAGAGGAAGAGCCUGCAGACCAAGCUGGAACAGACAGAAGGAGAACUCAGAAGUCUGUCGAAGGAGUUCCAGGGUCUGAGGACCUCACUGGCCCAGAGAGACACCAGUGUCCUUCAGCUCCAAAACACCAUCACCACUCUCACACAGAAACUCACCACUGCCCACAGGAAAGAGGCGGCGAGCGAGGCCGUCCUGAAGGAGAUGCGGAGCCUGCGGGAGCGUCUGAACGCCAGUGAGCGCGCCGCCGAGGGCUUGAAGUGUGACCUGAGCAUCAUGGUGGCCAACCGGGAUCACGGGCAGACCGAAGUGCAUCAGGCUCGCCUGCAGGCCGCGCAACUCACCCUCCAGCUGGCAGAUUCCAGUCUGGCGCUGAGAGAGGGAAGAGCCCACUGGACCCAGGAGAGGCAGAGUCUGCAGCGUGCGACUGAGAAGGAUCACGAGCAGCUGGAGAGACUCAAUUUAGAGUUGCAGAGGAUGGAGGAGAGGCUGCAGGAGGAGAGGAUGGAGAGAGUGAAGCUGGAGGUGGAGCUCGGAAGAGAAAAGGAUUGCAACCGGGUUCAGCUGAGUGAAACCCGCAGGGAGCUCCAGGAGCUGAAGACCAGCCUGAGGGUCGGCCAAAAAGAGAAGGAGCAGAUAAUGGGAGAGAAGCAGGAGCUGAUGGAGUACAUCUGUCAGCUGGAGCAGAGGAUGGGAACAGUGUCCGGUGCCAAGUGGAGCGCUGCCCUGAUCGCCUCUACAGCAGGGCGGGCCGACAGUGUGUUAUCUGACUCCGAGGACGAGAACCCUGAGGCCCUGCAGCCCCCCCGUCCCCCGAGACCUCUUGGACACUACAGCCUGUGUGAGCAGGGCCGGCCCGACUCCUUGCUCCUCGCCACCCCUCCUCCCUCCCCUCGGGAGAUGGAGAGGAGCGCGGUGGUCAUCAACCAGCCGGCUCCUCUCUCCUCACCACGCCAGGCCAACGCUGACACUCUGACGCACAGCUCGGAUUCGGAAGAGGAAUCCGAUCCAGUUCAGUGUGCUACACACAGCUCUGGAGAGGAAACGGCACUUCUGCUGCCCGAGCUCACAGACACCGUCCUCAGUGAUCUGGCCGACACCUCGCUGUGGUAACCAGUGGAGCGUCCGGCCGCAGCCCCCGACCGGUGACCCGAGGAGCGGAGGGGGGGCGAGCGUGGUGCCGCAGAACGUCCACGCUACUUCCGC